AUGACGAAGAAGAAGGAGCUGUUAUCGAAAGCGCCGUGGAGAGGCGACGACGAUGACUCAGAUAAGUUUAGCGGCGCUAAGCUUAAGGUCACAAAGGAAUCUGACGGCAUGUCGAAGAUGCACGUCCCUAGCCAUGGAACCAAAAAAGGAAGUCUCGCCGAUGACGAAGAUUCUCUCGAGAUCGAUCCUCAGCUUCGCUACAGCUUCGAUCGCAACUAUCAGUUUCUGCAAAGAGUAUUCACUAUAGACACUUUGGUGAAGCCUCUUCCUCCUGCAAUGGCAUACAACGCCUCUCGUAACUUGAGCUUCUUCACCCGCAUUUUCACUCAGUUCUUUGAUCCUGAAGGCAUUGCAAAUGCACAGAAGUCUCUGGGGUUGGGGCAGGAAGAUAAAGCUCGUCGUGUUCGUUGA